AUGCAGAAGAAGAGGUGGAUAGCAUUGACCGCACUGAGGAAGGUGCUAACGUGCGCCAUAUGCUCAAUAGCGCUAGUGGCUCUCUUCUCUGUCCACGUACCUGUCUUCCCUUCUUCAAAGGUCCCUAACUUCUCUGACCCCUUCAAGCUCCCCACGCAACAUGAUAUUAAAUACCAGAAGUUGAGCGCUGAGCAAAGCUGGACACUGGAGCUCGCCCCGCCCCAUCUGUUGAAAGCACCUCUGCCUUCUCGCAAGUUGGAUGGUUCAAGUGGGACUGUGGAAACUGACAAGCUAUGGAAGCCUCCACCAAAUCGAGAUUUUGUGCCAUGUGUAGAGCCAAGUCCCAAUUAUACAUCUCCUACAGAGUCACGUGGUUACCUGCUAGUUCAUACAAAUGGUGGGCUCAACCAGAUGCGUGCUGGGAUAUGUGACAUGGUAGCUGUAGCCCGUAUCAUAAAUGCCACUCUUGUAAUUCCGGAACUUGAUAAACGAUCAUUUUGGAAAGACUCUAGCAACUUCUCAGAUGUUUUCGAUGAAGAUCAUUUUAUCAAUGCUCUAGCUGAUGAUGUCAAAAUUAUAACAAAGCUACCUAAUGAACUGGCCACUGGUACCAGAGCGGUUAAGCAUUUUAGAAGCUGGUCUGGUAUGGAUUAUUACCAAGAGGAGAUAGCUAGCCUCUGGGAAGAAUAUGAGGUUAUUCGAGCUGCCAAAUCUGAUUCUCGCUUAGCAAAUAACAACCUACCUCUAGAUAUACAGAAGCUUCGCUGUCGUGCUUGUUAUGAAGCUCUACGCUUUGCACCUCAAAUUGAAGCAAUGGGAAAAUUGUUAGUUGAUCGGAUGAGGUCCUUUGGUUCUUAUAUUGCUCUGCAUUUACGAUUUGAGGAGGACAUGCUUGCCUUUAGUGGAUGCACACAGGAUUUAUCUCCAGCCGAAGCUGAUGAACUAAGGAUCAUUCGAGAAAACACCUCAUACUGGAAAGAAAAGGAAAUUGAUCCCAUAGAACGGAGAUCCAAAGGGUUUUGCCCCUUAACUCCAAAGGAGGUUGGGAUUUUUCUUAGCGCUCUUGGGUACCCAUCAAACACACCGAUAUAUAUUGCUGCUGGAAAGAUAUAUGGGGGCGAUUCUCAUAUGGCUGCUCUGCGAUCCCGUUAUCCAAUACUGAUGAGCAAGGAAAUGUUGGCAUCCGUUGAGGAGCUUGAACCUUUUACCAAUCAUGCAUCUCAAAUGGCUGCCCUUGACUACAUUGUUUCAGUUGAAAGUGAUGUAUUUAUACCUUCGUACUCCGGAAACAUGGCGAGGGCAGUUGAAGGCCAUCGUCGCUUUCUUGGACACAGGAAAACAAUAUCUCCUGACAGGAAAGCACUUGUUCGCCUGUUUGACAAACUUGAGCAUGGAACUCUGAAGGAUGGCAAAAAUUUAUCAAAUAGAGUUAUUGAAAUGCACAGGAAACGGCAAGGCUCCCCGCGGAAGAGAAAAGGUCCUAUUUCAGGAACUAGGGGCACAGAAAGGUUUCGUUCAGAAGAACCCUUUUAUGUGAACCCUUUACCAGAUUGUUUGUGUAAAAAGGAAUUGCCAAUGCAAACAACUCUCUAA